GAUCUCACCGAAAUUUCAUUGCAUCAGUGCCUACUUUGUAGACAGGACUCGUUUGUGGUUGAAAAUUCGUUUCUUAUGAGUAAUAAAUAUUAGCAUUAUAUUUCAUAAUGUAUCGAAAGAAUGUGAUUCUGUUUGUUUUAACCAUCUUUGCUGUAGCAGAUGUAACAUCUGCUCAAGCUGAUGGUUUAGAAUUUCAGAGCUUGAAAGCUAGUUACGACCUGGUGGAAAAUUCCCCUCCAGCAACCACCGUGGCAACCUUUCAAGUAGUGGCCAAUGUCAGCGUCGCACAGUCGCUGCUAACCACACGGAUUGAAGCCAUCGUCCCUGCGUUCAUCCGCUUAAAACCGCUCAUAAGUGGACCAAUAAAGUCUGGCUCUGUGGUCACAUAUGAUGUGCAGCUGGUCCUCGACACAGGCUCAUCUGUUGACUUUGAAGCAUCAGAGCUGUACACUGUGAGCAUUUCAAUAUCUGCGGCUGGUGGAGCAGUGCAAAAAUCAGCCACCCUGCAGCUAAGAAUACUGAAUGUGAACGAACCGCCAAGCUGUGAAAAUGCUUUUGUGCAGGGCGUAACUGUAUCAAUACCUGAAAAUGCUCCGAAUGGACAAAAUGUCUACAAAGUUGUUGCGCCAGAUCCAGAAAAGGAUGCUCUGUUUUUUGACAUCGUCUCUCAAAUUCCACCCGGUGGACCCAAGGGCUACUUUACAAUCAACCCCGCCAGUGGCGCCGUGGAGAGAAGCUCUCUGUCACCACUGGACUACGAAGCAAACCUCCGCGUGGUGCAUUUGAAUAUCACGGUGAGAGAAGUGAGCACGCAGCAGCAGUUCACGUGCGCCGGCUCUCUCACCGUGAAUAUACUUGACACGAAUGAUGAACCCCCCAUCAUCAGUCCACUUCCAUUCACGCAAACGAACUUUGCUGAAGAACAACCUCCAGGCACACCUGUGCUGCAGGUUACGGCUACAGAUCGUGACGCUGGUGACACACAGACCUAUGCAUUUGCUGACACCACGCCAGAUGCGUUCACCAUUGCUGCAGGAUCUGGUGUGAUCACGUCUUCGAGGAAGCUCGAUUAUGACGACGCGCUGACGCCGAAAUUCUAUAUUUUGUCAAUAAGAGUGUACGAUAAAGGGCGGACGAACACUGCAACAGCAACGCUAUCGGUGUUCCUGGUCCCAGUGAAUGAAGCCCCCACGUGCACACCAAUUCAGGGCAACGGAGCUGUUGCAAACAUUACAGAAAAUUUCCGUCCCUCCCAGACGAUAUUUAGAGUUACAGCGGUUGACCCAGAUGCUGGGGAUUUGUUGACUUAUUCGAUAUCUAACCAAGUCCCACCGUUGGCUUCUGCGGAAUAUUUUAGCAUCGAUUCGAGCAGUGGUGUUAUAUCGAGAACCAACCUUGUCCCUUUGGAUUAUGAAGGAAAUUUUAAGGUGUUUCUGAUAUCACUGACCAUUACUGAUAACGGUUCACCCAGGAGAUCUUGCACUGGGAGAAUAACAGUGAACCUUAUUGACACCAAUGAUGAGCCUCCUAUUUUCGAACUUGUUGUACCAAACCCAAUGGAGAUUUUGGAAGACCAGCCCCCAGGCACCGUGAUCACUCAGAUGAAAGCAACAGACAGAGAUGCUGGAGACAUCGUUUCAUUUGAGCUGGCUUCUCCGUCCACUGCCUUUGCUGUUGAUGCAGAUUCAGGAAUUGUGUAUACGCAGAUGAGCCUGGACUACGAUGACGCCAAGAUUCCCAAGAAGCACGUGUUGAUUAUUUUUGCCUAUGACAGUGGCAGACAAAAUGUCGCCACUUACAAUCUGACUUUACUACUUCAGCCGGUGAACGAGGCACCGGCAUGUGACCCACUGUUUGCUCGAGAAGAUGGUGCAAUCACAAGAACAGCUGAGAACGUGUUUCCUUUAACAGCAAUUUACAAAGUCACUGCUAAUGACCCCGAUAAUGGGGAUAUUCUGAAAUAUGACAUUCUUUCACAGGCCCCUAAUGUGUCAGGUGUUGGGUAUUUCUCAAUAAACUCAUUCUCUGGCGUCAUCUACAGAAGCUCGCUCACCCCCCUUGACUUUGAUGCAGGGUUAAAGGUAUUUCAAAUUACCGUCAAUGUCACGGACAACGGACUGCCACGGAAGUCAUGCAGGGGAAUGGUGACCGUUUUUAUUGAAGAUGUAAACGACGAAACGCCGCAAAUAACGUCGGAUCCAGCAGAUGUUGCUCACGUCGCUGAGGAACAGCCCCCUGGCACAGUCGUCGCCCAGCUUCACGCAAGCGACCGCGAUGCCAACGACACCGCGACAUUUGAGUUUGUUGGCAACGAGGAUUCCUUCAACAUAGAGACAGGUACAGGGACGGUAUCAACUUCGAAACGUUUGAAUUACGAUGAUCCUCUGACUCCUAGAGAAUACCUCCUUAGCAUCCGAGCGUGCGACAAGAAUCGAACUCACUCGGCAACACUCACGCUCACCGUUAUUCUGGACCCAAUUAACGAGCCGCCACAAUGUGAUCCUGCCUUCUCCCAGAACACCGGGGCAGAAACUGUCAUUUUUGAAGAUCAUCCCAUCUUCAAACCAAUUUAUAAGCUCGUUGCUUCAGACCCAGACAUCGAUGACACACUCAUCUUUAAGAUCACGGAGCAAAGGCCCAACCUGACAGCGGCGUCUGGAUUCUUUUCUGUGGAUCCGGCGAGUGGUAUUGUCGCUCUUACUGCCAAGGAACAAUUAAACUACGACACUGGGUGGAAGGUUUUCAAACUCUCUCUACGAGUGGAAGAAGCAAAUAAGAUCGCACCUCUGUUUUGCCUUGGAACCUUAACCAUCUUUGUACAUAACAUCAACGAUGAGACACCCAACAUUAGACCUUUCAUCUCUAACCCCGUCAGCGUACCGGACACAACAUCUCCCGGAAAAGUAAUUUCCAAAGUGACAGCCGUAGACCUGGAUGAAAACGACGGCGUUUUCUUUGAAUUCAUUGAUGAAUACAAAGGCUUCAACAUUGAUCCUGAAUCAGGAGUGAUUACAGCGGCACCUUCCUGGGAGAGAAUGAACCUGGACGCUCCCAAGUCGUAUGAGCUAAGAAUACGAGUCCAUGAUGUGGGAAGAAUUCAUUCAGCCACCACCACACUCACAGUCUCAGUCAUGGACACCAACAACAACCCCCCACAGUGUUCACAGUAUGUGCAUUACGUGUCUCUCCCGGAGACGGCGCCCGUAGGGGGGCUUGUGGCACAGCUGUCGUGUUGGGACCGCGAUGGCUCAGCCCCCAACAACCAGCUCCUUUACAGCAUGCAGCUCGACGUCAGCGCCAGAGAUCGCUUCCAAAGUUCGGGCGAUGAAAUAUUGAUUGGAUCUGCUGGGUUGCAAUGUGACACUGCUUCGGUGGCCAACCUGGAGUUCAAACACACUAUCCUGAUGGUGGUGCGGGACGGAGGAUACCCCAGUCUAAGCACCACGGUGACGGUAGUGGUCAGCGUGACCUCCGUGAAUGAGUUUGAGCCGUCACCGAAGAAUGUGCAGUUUUCCGUGCGGGAAGACAGCCCCGUGGGCGCGCUUGUUGGAACGGUGAUUGGCCAGGACCAGGACUGGCCCUUCGACAGCCUUCGUUAUUCCAUAGUGGGUGGCAAUGAAGACAAGCCCGCCAAAGUUCUUCAUUGAACCUACCACAGGUCGCCUUCAUCUCUUGAAUGCUCUGGACAGAGAAAAGGUGUCAAGUUACACAAUCACUGUGCAAGCUGUAGACGUCAAUAAUGACCAAGAGAAAGAUCCAUCCAGGCAGAAAACGGCAACAGCUGUUGUGACGGUCAUCGUCUCGAAUGUCAACGAUGAGCCUCCAUUGUGCCAUCCUGCUUUCCACGAGACAACUGUGUACUCAACCAUAAAGUCUCCCAUUCUGAAACUAAGCUGUUCGGAUAAAGACUCGCCGGAGAGCGAUUUGACUUACAAAAUAGUUGGAGGCAAUGACGGUGGAAGGUUCGUCCUGCUGCCUUCGUCGAAUGGUUCACCUGCUAUUGCCUCCACCCAGUCGUUCCGCUACGAGAUCUUGGGCGGAAUCCGAGACCCGGUUCAAUUUCAGCUGCUGGUGGAGGUGACUGAUGAAUCGUUGAACCCCGACAAGUCCCACCAGCUGACUGCGACAGCAACCGUCAUCGUGAACGUGGUGCCGUGGUCGACUACCACUCCCGCUACCCCGACGUCCCGCAAG